GCGGCUUUCCCUUUCCUUCCUCCUCGCACGCAACAGCAAAGCCCGCACCCGCAGCCCGGCGCCCGAGACGACGAUGCCCUACUCCGGCGAUCGCCGGCUCUCCCCGCCCCCGACGCUCUCCUACCUCUCCCCAUCCGCCGCGCCCUUCACCGUCGCCCGCCCCCGCGCCACCCCCGACCCGAUCCCCCCCAACGCACCUAACCCUAGCCCUCCGUCGUACCCCGACCUCCCCACCGCGCCGUCGCUCUACGAGUCCUGGGUGGAGCCUCCGUCGACCUACAUGGAUCGGGCGGCCGCCGUGUCGCCCGCGUACAGAGGUUUCGAUAAUUCUGAUGGGUUUCUGAUUUCUGAAGAUGCACGAAACGAUAUAUACCCUGGGAAUCAUUUUGGUGCCUCCAUGCAGCCUCAUCCCUUCACAGCAGGCAGCUCAGAGUGGAUGGAAGAGAGGUAUCCUGGAAUUUACCAAAGAACGUCCAAGGCCCUCUCGAGUGAAUUUGGAUCAUCAGCUGUCCGUCAGCCUUCCGUGCUUCCUAGUUUGUUUGCUCGCUUAGAGAAAGAGCCUUUUUCCACACCUCAACCUGUGAAUCAGUAUUCCACUACAUAUUCUGCUUAUGAUAACUACAUGACACAUAUUCCAUCAUGCUCAACCUAUCCAUUGAAUUAUGACCAGUCCAUGCCACCUGUUGUUGCCUCACCUGAAGUAUGUGCUGCAACAAAAUCAUCGUUGCCGACAACAGAUGGCCAUAUAUUGGAGAAUCCAUUCUCCUCACCAUAUACAAAUCCUUGCAGAUUAAAUCUUGAUUAUUUUGAUACCAUGCAGAAUGAACAGAAAGAUCUCUUUGGUUAUCAGACUGCUUAUAAUAAACAUUAUGGUGACUGGAGUAACCCCAAUAAUGGUACAAGAAUAGUGGGAAACUAUCCACUUGGUACAAGUGGAGUUGGACAGAACUAUCUUCUUGGCGAUUGUUCUGAAACUGGGGGACCUGUGCAUCCUUCAUCAGAGGUGAAGACUGGUUUGAAGUGUAUGAAACCACUGGGAAACUAUCCACUUAGUAGAUACGGGGUUGGAGAGAACUAUCUAGGUGAGAAUAGUGAAACUGUGGGAUCUGUGCCUGUGCAGCCUUCAUCAGAAGUGGAGUCUGGUUUGAAGCAUACUGGAUUAGUAGGAAACUAUCCACUUAGUAGACGUGGAGCUGGAGAGAACUAUCUUCUUGGUGAGAGUUCAGAAACUGGACGACCCGUACAGCCUUCUUCUGAGGUGAAAUCAGAUUUGAAGAGCUUGCAAGCAUCAUGUUCCAAAGUUUCUCCUGAACAUCCAUUUACUCAUCCUCGUGAUCUUUUCACCGACUCACUAGAGUUAAAUAACCCUGUUGUUGAUUCUCCUUGUUGGAAAGGGACACCGACCCUGCAGCAGCCAUCAUUUGAUGGUGUGAAAAAUGAUGAAGCUCCUUAUUCUGCUAAUGGCUCAGGCGACCUCCAUGAUUUGCAGCAAGGCAAGAAGCUUUCUGAAUUUAGUAUUAAUAAUUCCGUGUUAUUUCCCAACCUUCAUGAUACAUCAAAUCCUGAGGAUAAUCCUUGUGUGCCCUAUUUCAUGAAUUAUCUUUCUGCAUUUAGUCUGCCUUCAGAAAGUAAAAAGGUUGGUGUUCAUUGUGAUGCACAACCUUCCAUUGUUGAGGAUUUCAGUGGCAUGACUAAGUCUGUAGAACAAGGCAACAGAAGUGAUAAACAUUUGAGCUGUAAGACGAGAGAUGAUUUUGGUGGUCAACAAAGUGUUUUCCCUGUCAAUGAAAACAAUGGGCCUAUGGUGUUAGGCAGAAAAAUUGGCAGCCAUAUUGGCUGUCCGAUUGAAGAAUCUAGUAAGAAAGUUUCAAGCAAUGUUGGUGCUGCUCCAACCGCACUGAUUAGGAGUUUGACAGAAGAAAGCCUGCAAGGAAAUACUUUUGUCCAUAAACCUGCAGCAACAUUGGAACAUCUGUGCUCUGAAAUUCCUAUGAACAAAGGUCUGGAGCAUUUAACCCAUCACAACUCAGGUGUUGAGGAGGACUUGAGGAAGAUAUCUGGAGACAGAAUCACAUCCAGAUCUAAGACUCGAGCAGAAUUUAUCAAGUCAAUGUACGAUUUGUCAGCAAUGCUUCUAUCUACUUGCAAUGGUGGUUAUGAGUUGGAGGAAUCUGAGCAUGCACUUGUUCAAUCCGUGAUACAAAAUCUCAGUUCUUUGAGUUCCAAGAUAAGCAAGGCUGCAUUCAAAGUUGAUGAUGUUAAUAACAACUGCUGCAAAAUGAAUUUGGAAAAAGUGAAGUGCUGUGGAAAGACUUGUCAGUCCAAGAAGUUUGCUGGACUCGAUGGAGGAAACAUUGGCGCAGACUUCAAAACAUUUCUUAUACAGGAUCUUGCUAAGCUGCAAGAGGAGAAUGUGGUUAGUGAUAGUGAAGAUGCACAAAUGCUGGUAUAUAAGAACCUAUGGAUUGAAGCUGAAGCUUCUGUGUGUAAACUCAAGUAUGAACUCCAACUUACCCGCAUGAAACCUGCAAUGAAACAUCACCACCAGCAAACAGCUGCAGCUCCUGCUGUUUCAUUUGGAGAAGCCAAGGUCUCUAACUUGCCCAAAUUUGAGGACUCUUUAUGUAUUGGGGAGAUUGAUGAUUCUAGCAAACACAAAGAACAAAACAGUGUGAAAGAAAGCAAUAUCUGCAGCGCAACCUUGCUACCACAGGGAGGUGAUGAGGUUGAUGCUGCUGUCUUUGCUCGACUGAAGGUUUUGAAGCUUCGUGAUGAGAGUAUAAAUGGCUUCCAUGAGGACGGUAGUGAGCUGCCAAAGGAAACAAGUAGUUAUGACACAACAGAUGUUGAUGGCGCCGAUAUGCAUAAUGAAGUUGAUGAUAUGGUAAUUUCUUUAGUGGAGGACAUCAUCAACAAGCGUCUGGAAACAAGUAGACGUAAAGGUGAUGAGGCUGAUGGCGCUACUAUUGGUGCACUUGAAGAUUUUAUGAGUUAUAAUAAUACAAGCUCAUUGGAUGAGGAAACAAACCAAGAGGAGCUAGAAUCUAGUAAAAGCAAAACUGGUUGUGCUAUGGCUAGGCUUGAAGAUUUGAUGUGCUGCAAUGAUGAGAUAAGCUCAUUGAGUGGGGGCAAUGCUUAUCUGGUACAAACCGCAAGCGACGAUAAAUCUGGUCAGCUUGAAGAUGGCGUUAUGGCCAGAUUGCAAGUCCUGAAAAGACGUUUAGACAACACUAGUAGUGUUGUGGAUGUUGGACCGAAAGUUAUCCGUUCAGAUGAUUGGGCCGAUCUCUUCGAAAGUAAAGAAUCCGGCCGCGUAGCUCAUGAUGGGCUAAUUGAAAAGACCGAUAUGCCUGAUGAUGUUAAAUGCCGAACCAGAUCUGGUGAAGCAAAUGGCAGCUCUACAGUCCAGUACCUGGGUGCAUUGCCACAAGAGUCUCAGGUUCUCUCAGCUCCAGUGGAACCUGCAGCUCUACAUUUGCAUGACGAGCAGUUCAGCCACUCGCCGUCAGAAUGGGAGCAUGUGCUGAAGGAGGACUUUUUCCUCCCAGGAAAACCUUUGAAGUGAAGGAAACUCGCCGCUUCCUUGGGUUUGCGAUUGUAAAUAUGUUCUUAAAUCUUAAAUACUGUGCAAGAAGGGAGCUUGUGACAUAAGUUGCAGGAUCAACCGUCUUGUAUGGCUAAAACUGAACUUCUAUUUAACAGAAAAUAAUCUCAACUCCUGGCUCAUACUGAGCUUUGUGUAAAUAUAUGUGAUAUUGCUCUAUCUGGUUGUAUGCUUGAAUGUAUGAUGCACAGUACUAAACUGUCGUAUAACUGUAACCCUUGAUGUUAAUGACUGUUAUAUGUACGGCGAGUAUAUAUCUUAUUCUUUUUCGUA